AUGGGACCCCGUGUGGACUCACGCCGAGUGCGCGCUGCCAACAAAGUCGAAAUCAAGGAUGGCUCUGGGGGUGCUGUGCUUUACUGGAUGUCCAGGGAUCAGCGGGCUCACGACAACUGGGCCCUCCUGAAGGCUCAGGAUCUGGCUCUUGAGAGAAAGGCGUCCCUUCUUGUCUGCUUCUGCCUGGUGCCGAAAUUUCUGGACGCCACCCUUCGCCACUUUGACUUCAUGCUGCAGGGACUGGCGGAGACAUGCAAGGACCUUCAGAGUUUGAAUAUCGGCUUUGUGCUGCUGAAGGGCCAGAGCGUGACGGAAGUCCCCAAGUUCGUUCGAAAGCUCCAGCAGAUGGGUAAGAAAGGUGCCGUGCAUGCUGUCGUCUGUGACACUUCGCCACUUCGAGUCCCACGUUCUUGGACGGCAGGGGUCGCGAAAGCACUGCAGAACAUGAAGGUGCCGUUGCUGCAGGUGGAUGCCCAUAAUGUGGUGCCAAUUUGGGAGGCUUCUGAAAAGCAGGAGACCGGUGCACGCACACUGCGGCCAAAGAUCACCAAACGGCUGAAGGAAUUUCUCGUGGAUUUCCCGCCCUUGCGCAGGCAUCCUGUCGCACCGCUGCUGGGGAAGAAGGGAGGCUUCGAUGUUGCUGCGGCGCUGAAGUCGCUGCAGGUGGACCGCACCGUGGGCCCCGUGAGCAAGGAGCUCUUCACCCCUGGAGCUGCAGCGGGCAGGCGGCGCCUCGAGGAGUUUGUGCGAAAGCGCCUUACCAUAUUCGGAAAGCAGCGCAACGAUCCCACGAAGCAGGCCCUAUCUGGCCUUUCUCCAUGGAUUAAGUUUGGCCAGAUUUCCGCGCAGCGCUGCGCCCUGGUCGUCAAGAAGGCCGCCAAAGGUGCGUCCAAGGCUGGUGCCGACGACUUUCUCGAGGAGUCCAUUGUGCGGCGCGAGCUCGCCGACAAUUUCUGCUGGUACAACCAGAACUAUGACUCCCUGAAGGGUGCUUCGGCCUGGGCAGUCGAGACGCUCAAGAAACACAGCAAGGACAAGCGGGAGUAUGUCUACAGCAGGUCACAGCUGGAGAAGGCCCAAACACACGACGAGCUUUGGAAUGCGGCUCAACGCCAAAUGGUAUCUGAGGGCAAGAUGCAUGGCUUCCUGCGUAUGUACUGGGCAAAGAAGGUGUUGGAGUGGAGCAAGGACCCGGCCACAGCUUUGGCUACAGCCAUCUACCUCAACGACCGCUACAAUCUGGAUGGGCGCGAGCCGAAUGGCUACGUGGGCUGCAUGUGGUCCAUCUGUGGAGUGCAUGACAUGGGAUGGCCGGAGCGCAAGAUCUUUGGAAAGGUUCGAUACAUGAACUACGAGGGCUGUAAGAGGAAGUUCAACGUGAAGGAGUUCGAGAACAUGUACCCAGCCCACGAGGUCCAGAACGGCUCGAAGAAGAGGAAAGCCGGAGCUUCAACUUCCAACUCCACCAAGCGACAGAAGAAAGCGUGA